AUGGAUGACGGCUUAGAGACCAAUGGUAAAGGUGAGUCUAUCGGUAUUAGUUCUUUCGAUACUAACGAAAAAUCUCCACCCUCCAUUUUGCAGACACCUGUUAAAGAACUGAAGCCUUUAACUGACCAUGUCAAGUAUGUGUUCUUGGGAGAGGGAAACACACUUCCAGUGAUUAUUUCGAGCAAGCUUACUAGAACUCAAGAAGACGAGCUCGUGAAAGUUCUCCAGUCUCACAAGCAAGCAUUGGGUUGGACCAUCUCGGACAUAAAGGGAAUAAGUCCCUCAAUUUGCACGCAUCGCAUUUUACUAGAAACGGGAGCUUAA